AUGUAUAUUCUGUGUUCUUUUGUGGUUGCAGCUACCUUAAUAGCUGGAAUUGGACUUGGAAUUUUAAUUGUAAUAUUUGUACUGUGUUGCUUGAGAAAGAAGUCAUCGACCAAUUCAUAUAUUCUCAAUUGGAAUAAGAAGAAGAAUGUGAGCAAAACUCAUCAAAACGUGGAGGCUUUCCUAAGUAACUAUGGACCAAUUCAAGUUAGAAGAUAUAGCUAUUUGGAUGUGAAGAAAAUAAUCAACAACAACUCCUUCACAGAAAAACUAGGUCGAGGAGGAUUUGGUGAGGUAUACAAAGGAAAGUUAGACAAUGGCUGUGAUGUGGCAGUGAAGAUUUUGAAUGAAUCUAGAUAUGACGAUGAUAAUCAUGAUGAUGGAGAAUAUUUCAUCAAUGAGGUAGCUACCAUUAGCAAAACUUCUCAUGUCAACAUUGUUACAUUAUUGGGUUUCUGUUUCGAAGACUCAAAGAGAGCUCUAAUCUACGAGUUCAUGCCUAACGGAUCUCUUGAGAAGUUCAUAUUCAAUAAAAGUCCAAUUGAAAAGAGCAGCCAAUUGGGAUGGGACAUGCUUUAUCAAAUCUCACUUGGGAUUGCUCGAGGGUUGGAAUACUUACAUCGUGGCUGCAACACAAGAAUUUUGCAUUUUGAUAUCAAGCCUCAUAAUAUUCUUCUCGACCAAAAUUUUGUGCCCAAAAUCACAGACUUUGGCCUGGCCAAAAUUUGUACCAAAACAGAGAGUCUCGUUAGCUCUAUAAUGGGUCCAAGAGGCACAGCUGGGUAUAUUGCUCCUGAAAUUUUCAGCAAAAGCUUCGGUGGAGUCUCGCACAAGUCCGAUGUCUAUAGCUAUGGAAUGAUGGUUUUGGAUAUGAUUGGUGGGAGACAUAAUGUUGUGACCCCCAAAAGUGAUAAUAAUAACAGUGAUAUUUACUUUCCUCAUUGGAUUUAUACGCGUCUUGAGUUGAAUGAAGAAGUGGGAUUGGAACAAAUAGUUGAUGAAGAAGAUAGAAUGAAAGUGAAGAAGAUGAUAACUGUGAGUUUGUGGUGCGUACAGAUCGCCCCUGCUGAUAGGCCUUCCAUGAGUGAAGUCAUAGAAAUGUUGGAAGUGAUGAGCUUCAACUCUUUGCCAAUACCACCUAAGCCUUUCUUGUCCUCUCCUUCGAGACCUCAAAUUUCUAGUAGUGCCUGACUCGUUGUGUAAUUUGUUAUUCAUCUAAAGAUAUACUUAGCAUCUUAUGUUUUUAAUAAUAUUUAAUAUUUUGUA